AAGGCUGCGUCAAGCAGUGUUUCAUCUUCCUCUUCCACUUCAUUGGUCGCCGAUGCUGCUUGCACUAACGGGCCAAACUCCCGCCAGUGUUGGAGCAGUGGCUUCAGUGUCAAGACAGACUUCGAUCAGAAGCAUCCUGUCACAGGGAACACCGUGACUUACAACCUUGAUAUCACAAACACAACUUGUAACCCGGACGGCAAUGGUGCUAUCGAGUGCUUCCUGAUCAAUGGCCAACAGCCUGGCCCUGUUAUUACUGCUAAUUGGGGUGACCAAGUCGUCAUCAACGUCAAGAACUCUCUCACGAACAAUGGCAGCAGUUUCCAUUGGCACGGUGUCAGACAACUUAACAGCGUGGGCUCUGAUGGUGUUGGCGGUUUGACGGAGUGUCCCAUCCCUCCAGGCUCAAGCAGAACCUAUUCAUUCCUUGCAACUCAAUUUGGUACUUCUUGGUACCACAGUCACUACUCAUCUCAAUACGGUAUGGGUGUUACUGGCCCGAUUGUCAUCAACGGUCCCGCUACCUCUAACUACGACAUUGAUCUUGGUCCUCUCCCUAUCAGCGAUUGGUACUACGGUCUCGCAACCAGAGUCAACGAUGUCACUCUCUACAACCUUCAGAACAAUGCUCCCCCACCGAACGGUGACAACAUCCUUGUCAAUGGCAAGGGCAUGAGUGCCUCUGGCGCCGGAUCGUAUGCCCAAAUGACCCUUACCCCUGGCAAGAGACAUCGCCUGCGUUUGAUCAACACCUCUGUCGAUAAUGCCAUCCGUGUCAAGCUUGAUGGCCACAACCUCACUGUCAUUGCUGCUGACUUCAUUCCCACCAAGCCUUUGACUAACCAAGAUUGGAUCCUGCUUGCCGUUGGUCAACGCUACGAUGUUAUCUUCACUGCCAACCAGACUCCUGGCAACUACUUCUUCCGCGCCGAGGCAGCUACUGAUUGUUACAGUGGCAACAACAAGGGCGGCCGUGCUCUGUUUACUUACUCCGGAGUCACAGCUGCCAACCCCACCGACAGCAAUGAAACUCCUCCUACAAACGGCUGUACCGAGCUGGUGACUGUUCCUUACUGGACCCAGGCUGUUGACCAGUCUCAGUACGCCGCUCAAGUUCAGACCCUGAGCACUGGUGUUGCACCUGGUGUUACCACCAACGGCCAAAACUUUGCUCUUUGGCACUUGGACACAACCGCCAUGAUGGUCAACUGGGACAAGCCAACCCUUCAAUACAUCUUCGAGGGUAACACCAGCUAUCCCGAUCCCUAUGCCGUUAUCGAGGUGCCCACCGAGGGCCAAUGGACCUACUGGCUCAUUCAAAUGGGCCAGCAGAACCCACCUCUGCCUCACCCAAUCCAUCUGCACGGCCACGAUUUCUUCGUCCUUGGCUCAGGCGCUGGUGUCUUCAGUGCUAGCAGCGCCACCUUGAACUUCGCCAACCCUCCCCGUCGCGACACCACCAUUCUCCCUGGUCUGGGUUGGGUCUUGAUCGCCUUCCCAGCAAACAACCCUGGAGUCUGGCUCAUGCACUGCCACAUUGCAUGGCACAUCUCUGAAGGUCUUGGCGUUCAAUUCAUCGAGUCCAAGAGCACAAUCAAUAUGCCUGACAAAGCCACCUUCAACUCUCAGUGUGAUGACUGGAGAAGCUACUCCAAGAGCAUGGCCUACCCCCAAAUCGACAGUGGUCUUUGA